AUGUUGGCAGAGACGCUCACUUGGACCUGUGAUAGACUGCUAUCGCGCCGGCAGACUGCAUGCUGUCCCUCGUAUUGGGCCAUACCAGUUCGUUGUAAGGAGCUAUUGGUUAACAGCUGUGUGGACACCGAGCAGAAGCCCCUGCUACUAAGUGGCCACCAUGGGGACAUCAGUGCCAUGGUUUUUGGGGCAGGUAGCAGGCCAACCCUCCUCUGUUCAGCCUCGGCUGAUUACGUCAUUGUCUGGAAUAUUCAACACUGCCAAAGAAGAACAAGCGAGGGCAAAGUUGCAGCUGGGAGGGUUAUUGGGACUUCACUGGGAGACGUGAGCCAUCUUUCAUUCUGCCCCUCCGAUGAACUUGUGUCUGUAUGCUUGGGAACCGCAGUAUAUCUACUGAGCACCCAGAGAGAGGAAGUGGUCUCUACAUUGACCGGACACCGUGGACCGUUGACAGCAGCAGCGUUCUGUCCUUGGGAUAAGGAUAUCCUCGUUACCAUAUCAGAGGACCGCACAUUUAAGGUGUGGGAUUUAAGAACAGAAUCUGUUCGCUACCAGUCCUUCGUGCUGUCAGCAUCUCCACUGCUUAGUGUGUUUUUCAUGGAGGAGAGCAGGCAGCUUAUCACCGGCUCAAAUGAUGGACAGGUGUGGUGUUUUUCCCUCCCCGAAGACCACAAGUGUCACUUGGUGACCAAAAUGGACAUUGAGAAGAUGCUACAAAGACAUCAGAAGCACCAAGACACAGCUGCCCAGCAGGCAGCAGGUGUUCCAGGAGUCAUAAAUGAAGUACAGCAAGAUACAGAAAAAGUAGAGAUUACAAAACCCGUCCUCACAAUGGCCCGUGGCUCAUCUGUUGCAACUCAUGACGGACAGAAAAGGGACAAGAGCUGGUUAUGGAUAGGAAGCGCCGAUGGCUUGUACCUGGUUGACCUGGCUACCUCGGAACUGCUUACUGCACUAUAUUUGAAAGAUUACCCCAACCUGAGCAUCAAGAUAGCUGGGUCGUGGUCCAUCUCCUCAGGGUGCAGUAACAAUAUGAUCUUGUUAGUGAGCUCCCUGUUUACCCCCAGUGUUGCCCUGGUGGAGCUGAGAAUGCCAGGCCUUAUUGACAACUUGUGUGACCUUUUGGAGAAGGAUGACGCUGGCGCCGAAGGCCUAACGGUGAUUCAAAGUUCCCCAUUGCUGCUGGGAUCUCCUCUGAAAGCUGAGUUGAAGAAGAAGGCUACUACUACAUGUCCGAAAAACAAAGGCGUUGUGAAGGAACAGCCCCUGGUCUUCCACUCCAAAGUGAGGUCAUCGGGUUACAGCAGCUCUCCACGGAGGACCAUGUUCUCACCUCAGACCAAUGUUCAGAAGACCCCAUGCUGCACAAACACCAAUGCAAACAUAGGUUGGCUCCUCAGGGAUUAUCCACUAAGCGCUGCAGUGCCGAGUGUUCCACAUGCUUGUGUCAGCGUCACUAAUAAACCCGUCUGCUGCCUGCAGUACUCAGGUGACGGAAAGCAGAUCCUGUGUGGUCUUGGAGACAAUUCUGUGUUAUUGUACAAGUCCUCCCUUACUCACGAUCCAGCUGUCUACACAGGCCACGACAAGGCAGUGAACAGCGUGGACUGGAGCCACGGCAGACAGUGGUGGCUGAGUGCGUCGGAGGACCACACUCUCCGAAUCUGGCCAGCUGGAAGUCAAAAUCCUGCCAUCACUCUGGGUGGUGAUGUGUUCUCCAAACCCAUCAGAAGUGCACAGUUUUAUUAUUUAGACAAGUUCCUGCUUCUUGCCUCUGGGCAGUCUCUCCACCUUUACCUGUACCACCUGGACAAGACAUAUGAUGACAUUAAAAGAUACCAGCAAAGGAGCGUCGUCAGAUUAGUAAGAAGCUUCAAGACAACGCCGGCAACAGACAUCACUGCCUUGUCUGCAAUUAAUGAUUUUUUCUCCCACAUUGUCCUGGUUUGUGGUUCUGAUCGAUCCAUUCAGGUGUUUGACAUGAACAAGGCCACAGUUGCUUCAAAAUGCCUUGAUGCCCACAGCAGAGCCGUCCAUUGUAUAACACAGAACAAGGGUUCCAUAUUCACCACACAAGCUCCAGACGCCUACAACCUCUUCCUCACCAGUGCAGUCACGGACGGUGUCAAGCUUUGGGACUGCCGUACCCUUAGGUGUGUGCGGCGGUACGAGAACCAUUUGAAUCGCUGCCAUUCAUGUUCUUCCGCCAUCUCACCGUGUGGCCGAUACAUCGCUUCAGGCUCCGAAGACAACUGUGCCUAUGUGUACGACAUCCGCAGCAGCAAUUACCUCCACAAGCUUCAAAAACACUCGGACACGGUUCUGAAUGUGCGUUUCAACCCUGCCACACCUGAGGUGAGUACAACCUUCUUCUCUUCAAUAUACAGAGCACAGCAAAAGGCUCUCUUCAUUGUGGCCAGACAGCAAAUACACAUUUGGGCUCUGCUUUCUGAUCCAGAAUGUCACAUCCGAGUGAGACACACACUGAUCUGUGAGCGUCUCUCUGGAGUCAGCUGGCCUGCCUACAACGCGUCAGCGCUGCCAGUGAACAGGAAGUGGGAGAAUCAGGGUUUGGUGUCCAACUGCAAGCUCGAGGGUCCUUUUUUCAAGUAUCAUUAUGUUCCUCAUUGGGUAGGCAGGAUUCCCCGAGUGGACUUUGAGGUUGGAGGAGGCAGCCUGUAA